AUGAAGCGUCCAGUUGCCCUCCUGUUCUUCUGCGGCAUGUUGGCAGUGGUCACCAGCCAAGAUGGCUUCGGGCAGGUGUACUGCGGCAGACGGCUGGCGAGCACCCUCGCUAUGUUAUGCGAGAACACCCUCCUGGUCAAAAGGGGCAUGGCGGUGGAGUUCGAAUGGCCCUGGAUCGGUCAGCAAACGGCCACCGCCCUCGGCAGGAGCAAGCGCCAAGUGGUCUCCGAGUGUUGUGGCAAACCGUGCGCCAUCGACGAGUUACUGUCCUACUGC